GGGGAACCAUCGAAGGGAGCUCGCCUCAGUGACCCAGGGGAGUUUUGACGACCGCAAGCCUUCUGCCGUUCCCUCCUCCCGCUGAUCAUUUUUGGGCCCAAGCCUUUUCAGCCUCUGCUCCUGACAGGCUGCUGGCUUGCCACAUCCCGCAGCCCGUCCCUACCGCGCGCGUGGUCAGACCUUGCCGUUCCGUGCUCUUUUUUGUUCGGGAUGUCGGAGAAGCGCGUGGACCCUGAGGACGGCAUCGCGUACACGUGGGACGAGCUCAGUAAGUUCUACGCCGGGAAGUACAAGAAGAAGGAGGUCGAAGCCUAUUGGGAGUCGUGCAAGCCCGCGCCAAGGGCGAAGUCGAAGGCAAAGUCCAAGGCCAAAGCCGAGGCCGAGGCCGAACCAGAGGCCAAGGCCAAGGCGAAGACAAAGGCGAAGACCAAAGCCAAGGCCAAGGCCGAGCCGAAGGCCAAGGCCGAGGCCAAGUGGACAAAGGUGAAGGCCCCCAGGGUCCGCAAGCCAGUCAAGCCAGAGCCGAUUUGCCUCGUCGUCCAGCUGGAGAUCGAGCCAGAGCGGGUGGAUGACUUCAUCAGCGUGAUGACCAAGGAUCUUGAGGGGUCGCGGACCGAGCCCGGUUGCCUGCGGUUUGACUUGCUGCGCGACCAGGUGGACAAGAACAAGUUCACCCUGUUCGAGGUGUACAAGGAUGCCGAUGCACUUGCCGCGCACAGGGAGAUGCCUCACUUUAAGUUGUGGGGGGAGUUCAAGCAGGAUGGGAACCCUGUCAAGUCACAGCUGGUACAAAAGUGCGACGGUUUCAACUACCUCGCGGGAAGCACAGGUGUAAAAGACCCGAAGUGAAGGCAGCGAGGAACCAGGACGGUACACAUCAUAUGGUUCCCGCUGCAUAUGCCGCUCAGUGGUUGUAUAGAUGUGCAGAAGAUGUUCGAACUAUAGUAGCAUUUGUUGUCAAUUGUCCGUGGGCGCCGGGAAUUCCAACUCGCUGGUGAUAUGAAUUGUUGAGUGGUGACUUGUAGUUAUGCAUACAUGUUUCGCGCAUCGAUCAGAAACAACUUCAAUUCCAAGAGCACGCAGCCGCAUUCGCACAAACUUUCAGAGGC